UGCAUUCCAGGAAUCCAGGGAAGUGCAGUGUGUGUUGGUGACGCCCAGAGAGGCAGAUCGGGGGAAGGCGGAGGGAAUGCCCAGCGCUGCCUGAUAUAACCUGGUUCCUCUGAGAGCCUCUCAUAUUGCAGAGGAUCCUCCACAGAAAUCCCCAGCUCCACCCACCCUACAGGGAGACACCCAGACAAGGACAGUGACUUCAAACUCAACUCCUAACGGGCAGCCCUUCGUACUUACGGGGUGAGACGGAGGAGACAUGGCCCAGUCAGAUAGAUCAACAGUGGACUGGACUCCUGCCAAUGGAUCAUUGGUGCCUCACAAAGACGCCCCGGGCACCGACGUCUUCUAUAAUCAAGGGGGAUUCUUCAUCAUCCGCUCUGACCUGGGCUGCUACCUGUGGACAGAAGAUCUAAAGAGUGGGACUGGCAUUAAGAUCCAGAGACUGCACCCCGCGUGCCAGGGUGGGGAUCACUACCUGAGUGACAAUAAGAACCCCCCCAACAUCUAUAUCAUCAAGGGCGACUCCUACCGGGUGGUGAAGGACUUGAGCACAGAUGCAGAGGCUGAAGUCCGUGAGCUGGAUUCCAGCUGCCAUGGCGGGGACCACUACACAUACUGUGGUUCCUGGUUCUAUAUCAUCUCCCAAAAGAAGGGUAGCCUGGACUAUGUCUGUGACCUGAGCACACCUAUUAGUGGGGGCCGGACUCCUCUGGAGCCUGAAUGCUCCAAGGGGCUCUUUUACUUCACCAUCGACAACCUCCCAACCCUGAUCAAGCUGGACGAGAAAUGGGGGGCUCAGUGUUACCUAUACAAAGAGUUUUUCUCCAACCACCCACGCUUUUCCUCCAUCCACCCCAAUGUGCUGAACUUCUUCCCUGGGGGGCUAGCCCUCGUUAAGGGAGCCUCAACUGGUGGCUGGGAGUGCAUCAAGACCCUGCACAAUGACUCCGAUUCUUCCAUCACUUGGUCCGACAAGGUCACCUGCAAGGUGGGCUAUGCCAAGCAGCAGAUGUCCAGCAUUGAGCACAACUGGAGCAUCUCUGCUGAGAUGUCCAUCGGGGCCGGAGAGCUCACCAAGCUCAUCACCCAGUUCCAGUUCUCCUUCAAGACCGAGUACGGCGGGAGAAGCAUCCGCACUGACCAAGAGGACUGGAAUGAAGCCCGUGAAGAAGAGGAGUCAAUCCAGGUGACCCUGGAGCCCAAAAAGAACCUGUACAUCUGGCAGUACCGCCUUGGCAUAGGCCACAAGCCCAUCUUGUUCUGCAGGGAUGUCCAGUUCACCAAAGAAAACAACCCACCCGACCGCAUCCCGCUGCCUCCAGUCCCCUAAGCAUCUGUGAGGAUGGAGAAUGCCUGCACCAUGAAGCUAUGGUUGAUGUGUGUGUGUGAGCAUUGGCUUCCUAGAAAUCAAUGGGAUCAAAUCAGUCCCUUCAAAUCCAUGCUUAGUGCUUCCCAGUGCCCUCCUCCCAGCUUGCAAACCCAGCUCAUCUGCUUCCCAUUUCCCUCCUUCUCUCCAAAUCUUGUUACCAAGGUAGAUGAUUUCAUGACAUGUUCUCUUGGUCCUCUCUCAUUAUAAUCCACAGCCUGAACUGAGCUUUCAGAUCAUUCUGGGGUAGAAUCUGCUGCUGAAAAACAAAGAAUGUAUCAAGCCUGAAUAAAGGUUUGAUUUUUUUUCAGCAUUCA